AUUGCUCUUACCCCGCAAACCUUGUCUCCCGUUCUUCACCCAGUAGUCCUCCUUUUCCUCUUUUAGAUCCCUGGUGGGUCAACGCGAUCAACGUCACCGCCACAAAUCACAAUGGCCUCAAGUGGGGUCCAAUUUAUGUGAUGAAGAGUCUAGCUGGCUGGCUGCUCUCGAUUGGCAGAGGGGCUCAAACUAAUAACAGAUCGCGCUGGUUAGCGGACUGCCAACGCGGAAUGGCAUUCCACUCUGCUGCCUUGGCCUUCCUCUACGGUCGUCUAAAGGUAUAACUGCGGAAUGGACUCCCAUCUACCCCAGUCUAGACCUGUGCGACCAUUUAUUUAAAGAGGGGCUUGUCCUCUUGGCCCAUCACGGUUCGAUGGUGGUUCUUCACAUUCUAGCUACACUCAUUCAACCAUCAUCCCACCGGUUUCAGACGGUCCGCAGCAUGGCGGACUUCUAUGACUACAUCAUCUGCGGGGGCGGCACCUCAGGGUGCGUUGUGGCUGGACGCCUGGCUGAGAACCCACACGUAAGGAUCCUGGUCGUCGAAGCAGGACAGCAUCAUAAGGACCUCGAGAAUGUUCAUAUGGUUGCCGGUUGGAAUAAUCUUUUCGACGACAAGACGGAUUGGAACAUUGUCACUUCGCCGAUGUCCGGCGUCAACAAUCGUCAAGUCAAGCUCAGCAGAGGCAAGUUUCUGGGUGGCUGCAGUGGUUGCAACGGGACGCUUUGUAUACGCGGCAGCAAGCAGGAUUACGAUGACUGGGGCCUGGAGGGUUGGAGCGGAGAGGAAUUUUUCAAAUAUAUGCAAAAGGCCGAAACAUUCCACAGCAAGCCUUGGUUUAAGUCUGCUGAUCGAUUUCACGGGCAAUCGGGUCCUCUCCACGUCGAACCACAUGAUCUCGCCCCGAUUUCUGAGCUCAUAAUGGACUCUUUCGUCUCUCAGGGCCUUCCACUGGACCAUGACAUGUUCACAACUGGUGAGACACCCCAUGGCUGUGGUCAUGUACCACGGACAGUAUACAAUGGCCUUCGCACGACUAGCGGAGAUUUUGUUACAAACGGGUACCACCGCAGCAAUAUCACAAUAAUGACAGAUACUACUGUGGAUAGGAUACUCUUCAAGAGGACCCCUAACGGGCUGAAGGCGGACGGUGUUGUGGUGGUGACAGCGAAUGGGCAACAAUCGUUAUUCGCGAAGAGGGAGGUAGUCAUUAGCAGUGGUGCUUAUUGCAGCCCUACAAUUCUCAUGAGAUCUGGGCUUGGUCCGAAGGAGGAGCUGCGGAGAAACGGUAUUGAAUGCUUAAUCGACCUACCUGGCGUUGGACAAAACCUUCUGGAUCAUCUGAUUGUCUUCAUGUUCUAUGAGACAGAGAAACCCGGUCUAACUAACGAUCAUCUCGUUUACCACGAUGGAAAUUUCGACAAAACCUAUGCACUUUGGAAAGACAAAAAGGAGGGGUUUCUUUCGACUUUCCCCUUUGGCUCCUUCGCCUUUGCGCGCUUAGACGAUCGUCUGAAGGAUGAGCCAUUGUGGAAGAAUGCGCCACGGAAACCAGGCCGCGAUCCUAUGGGACUAACGCCUAAACAGCCGAAUGUUGAGUUCUUCACCACGGAAUGCUAUGGUGGUCCUAAGCAAUUUGAUCAGUUUCCUAUUGAUCGUAAACACGCAUUUUCGAUUAUCGCAGAGUUAUUCUCGCCUAAGUCCCGUGGAAGCGUCACCCUGAAAUCUAAGAACCCCCUGGAGAACCCUGUGGUGGACUGCAAUUACUUUGCCGAUCCGCUGGACCUCCUCGUGAUGACUGAGGCGUGCAGGUUCGCCAACGAAAUCAUCACCAAGGGUGCUGGGACGAAGGACAUUGUGAAAGGAUCUUGGCCGCCUCAUUUGAUGCACCACACCUAUACGAAGAGGGAAGAGUGGGUUCAUUAUGUGAAGGAACAUGCGACAACAUGCUACCACGCUGCGGGUACCUGUGCAAUGGGUUCCGACGGUGAUCCUCGCGCUGUCCUUGACAACAAGUUGCGCGUAAGAGGAGUCAUUGGGCUCCGUGUCGCAGACUGCAGUGUCAUGCCCACGUUGCAUGGAGGACAUACCCAGAUGCCUGCUUAUGGGAUUGGCGAGAAGUGCGCCGACCUUAUCAAAGAGACGUGGUCAUCACAGGUUAUGAACGUGGCGAAGUUAUGAGGUCUGGCAUCAAUUUGAUAAUGAAUGACGAAUUGACAUUUGCAAUUGUAACAUGCGCGCAGUUACACGACUCACUAUGAAUGAUGGUAUUUUGUGGGUGUACUUACAUUUGGCAUAGCUCUCUCAACUCUGCAAAUAUAAUAGCUGUUUAUAUGGACCUGUC